CUGAGUAGCUGGGACUACAGGUAGAGGCCUGAAUUUUGAACUUUGUUCUACCUACAUCCAGCUGCCUGAAAGUACUUAAUGAUCACAUGACCCUGGACAUGGAUGCUGUCCUGUCGGAUUUUGUCCGUUCCACAGGAGCAGAGCCAGGGCUGGCGCGAGAUCUCCUAGAAGGAAAGAAUUGGGAUGUGAGUGCUGCCCUCAGUGAUUUUGAACAGCUACGUCAAGUCCAUGCUGGGAACCUACCUCCAUCCUUUAGUGAAGGAAGUGGUGGCUCCAGGACCCCUGAAAAAGGGUUUUCUGACAGAGAGCCUACUCGCCCUCCCCGACCCAUCCUCCAACGGCAGGAUGACAUCGUUCAAGAAAAACGCCUGUCUAGGGGCAUCUCCCACGCCAGCUCCAGCAUUGUUUCCCUGGCCCGGUCCCAUGUCUCCUCCAAUGGUGGGGGUGGGGGGAGCAAUGAGCACCCCCUGGAAAUGCCCAUCUGUGCCUUCCAGCUUCCAGAUCUUACUGUGUAUAAUGAAGACUUCCGCAGCUUCAUAGAGAGAGAUCUCAUUGAGCAGUCCAUGCUGGUUGCCUUGGAACAGGCAGGGCGUUUGAACUGGUGGGUGAGUGUGGACCCCACCUGUCAGAGGCUGCUUCCUUUGGCAACAACUGGAGAUGGGAACUGCCUCUUGCAUGCAGCCUCCCUUGGGAUGUGGGGUUUCCACGAUCGGGACUUGAUGUUGCGAAAAGCUUUAUAUGCACUGAUGGAGAAGGGAGCUGAGAAGGAAGCAUUGAAAAGGCGCUGGAGGUGGCAGCAGACACAGCAGAAUAAAGAGUCAGGGCUGGUAUACACAGAGGAUGAAUGGCAGAAGGAGUGGAAUGAACUCAUCAAGCUUGCCUCCAGUGAACCCCGAAUGCAUCUCGGUACCAAUGGAGCCAACUGUGGUGGGGUGGAGAGUUCCGAGGAGCCUGUUUAUGAGAGCCUUGAAGAGUUUCACGUCUUUGUCCUGGCUCAUGUGCUUAGAAGGCCCAUAGUCGUCGUAGCAGACACCAUGCUGAGGGACUCUGGAGGGGAAGCCUUUGCCCCUAUUCCCUUCGGAGGAAUCUAUCUGCCCUUGGAGGUCCCAGCCAGCCAGUGUCACCGCUCCCCUCUGGUGCUCGCCUAUGAUCAGGCCCACUUUUCUGCACUCGUGUCCAUGGAGCAGAAGGAGAAUACCAAGGAGCAAGCUGUGAUCCCACUUACAGAUUCAGAGUAUAAGCUGCUGCCCUUGCACUUUGCUGUGGACCCUGGAAAGGGCUGGGAGUGGGGCAAAGAUGACAGUGACAAUGUCCGAUUGGCCAGUGUAAUUCUGUCUCUAGAGGUCAAAUUACAUCUGCUACAUAGCUACAUGAAUGUGAAGUGGAUCCCACUGUCCUCUGAUGCACAGGCUCCUCUGGCCCAGCCUGAGUCCCCCACCGCCUCGGCGGGAGACGAGCCCCGGUCCACUCCUGAGUCUGGAGACUCAGAUAAGGAGUCAGUUGGCAGCAGCUCCACCAGCAAUGAGGGCGGCCGGCGAAAGGAGAAGUCCAAGCGAGAUCGGCAGAAGGACAAGAAGAGAGCAGACUCCGUGGCUAACAAGCUGGGCAGCUUUGGCAAGACCUUGGGCAGCAAGCUCAAAAAGAACAUGGGAGGCCUGAUGCACGGCAAGGGUUCAAAACCUGGAGGGGUGGGGACAGGGUCCGGGGGAGGCAGUGGCACUGAGACGCUGGAGAAGAAGAAGAAGAACGCACUGAAGAGCUGGAAGGGUGCUAAGGAGGAGGCGGCUGGGGACGGGCCUGUGUCUGAGAAGCCCCGAGCCGAGUCUGCCGGUGACGGAGGGAGCAGGUUCAGCCGGGAGGUGCUGCAGAGCCUGAGCAUUCUGAGGACUGCCAUGCAGGGGGAGGGGAGGUUCAUUUUCGUUGGAACCCUGAAGAUGGGUCACCGUCACCAGUAUCAGGAGGAGAUGAUCCAGCGCUACCUUGCUGAUGCUGAGGAGAGAUUCCUGGCAGAACAGAAGCAGAAGGAGGCAGAGAGGAAGAUCAUGAAUGGAGGAAUAGCGAGUGGCCCUCCUCCAGCCAAAAAGCCAGAGCCGGAUGCUGGGGAGGAGCAGCUGACUGGCCCCCCAGCAGAGUCCAAGGCAAUGGCAUUUUCUGCUGGCUACCCUGGGGGCUUUACUAUCCCUCGGCCUUCUGGGGGUGGAGUCCACUGCCAGGAACCCCGGAGGCAGUUGGCAGGGGGUCCGUGUGUCGGGGGCCUACCACCAUACGCCACCUUCCCCAGACAGUGCCCUCCUGGGCGACCCUACCCCCACCAGGACAGCAUCCCUUCUCUGGAGCCAGGCAGUCAGUCUAAGGAUGGAGUUCACAGGGGUGCACUGUUACCACCCUCCUACCGAGUGGCUGAUUCCUAUAGCAAUGGCUACAGAGAGCCACCUGAGCCAGAUGGAUGGGCUGGAGGUCUCCGGGGGCUUCCCCCGACCCAGACCAAAUGCAAACAACCGAACUGCAGCUUCUAUGGACACCCUGAGACAAACAACUUCUGUUCCUGUUGUUACAGGGAAGAACUGAGGCGGAGGGAACGGGAGCCGGGUGGGGAGCUCCUGGUGCACAGGUUCUGAACAGUUGGAACACUGAAGGGCAAGGAGGCUGAACAAAGUUAAGCUCAACUAAUUGGCUCAUCAAAAACAGUCCCCAUGCUGAUGGGGCAAAUGCAGUCAUGUUUGCGGGAGCCUGGCUGGAAACUUAAGUGUGUGCGCACAGGAGUGCUGCCAGGCUGGCAGGAGCAGGCUGGGGCCGGAUGGCGCCUCAAGGGCUGCACUAUUUCUCUGCAGAGCUUGACUUUAUGGGACUGAGGUACAAGGGGGAAAGAUGGCGAUUCUGUCUUACAACCUCCUGGGUCCCAUCCGAGGACCUAAGAGAAAGUAGUAGGAGAAGGUUUGGUGUGUGGGGGUGGGAGGUGGGCAGAAGUCUUGGGGAGAAAUGGGCAAAGGAAGUUCUCAGUCAAUAAAAAAUAGACCAAAGUUCUUUAGGAUGGGGAAAGCACAUGGUGGUGGAGUGGGAAGUGUGGAGAGGAAGCGGGAAAUUGGACACGUUUGCUAUUGAUUUGAAUUAAGGUAGAAAUUAGGGUUGGAUAAAUUCUUCCCUUUGAAGGAUCUGGAAAGACAAGGCAGUAAUGUGUGCUCAUGGGUGCCUGUGAGGAGGUGGGGGUGGUUUAAGUCCAUUGGUUGAGAUGGGAAAGGGAGGAACUUAAAAGGGAAAUCGUUUUCCUCCUAAGCUUUACUUCCUCCGGUCGCGUGUCAUCUGUUACAGUUUGAGAGGAGAGUGCUGAUUACCCCCCAUCUUUUCCUCAUCUAAGUCUUGUAUUUUUUUAAGUUCCCUGUGGGAAAGGGAAGAGCAUAGUGAGAAGAGCAGUCAUGUGUGUUGCAUUUUCUCCAGGUGAAUUGGGGCAGAGGUGAUCUAUUUUUUAACCAUAGCAAUAACCAUACAUUGGGGUUUGAGCACACCUUGGGAGGGGCGGGAGGACAGACAUUUUAGCCAGAUUGUUUCAAACAAAACCAAAAACCUAAAUAGAGCACUACCAUCCUCUGUGGCUGCUGCAUUUCUGUAGAAAGAACUUAUUUUAUUGACUUUUUUUUUUUUUUUUUUUUUUUUUUUUUUUUUUAAGGAAAAGAAACAAAAAGACCCCAACAAGCAAAAACAUUUUAAAAAAUGAUUUUUUUUUCUCCUACUUAAGUGGUUCCUUCUCCUUUUUCUCUACUUUUGGAGAAUGAACUUUAACAUCCCGGCUUCUUUUGUUAAGCCAUAGCUGACCUUAAUCUGUGGUUAGUUUAUUAAAAUAAUAAAAAAUACUUUGUAAGAAGAGAUAUUUUUGAUAUUAGGACUGAUGUUGAAAUAUGGGGUAGGGAUUAGGGGCAAUUUAUAAAAAGGUAGUUACAGAAAUAUAUUUUAGUGAACUAUAACCACAGAGCACAGAUAACUCCCAAUGAGCUGAUCUGUCUUUAGAUUUCUCCCUCUCCUUGACCCAUCCCUGUUCUCCAGGGGCUGGGAGUGGGGAUAUGGACACAGUAGGGGGAGCUCCUUUGCAUUUUGCACAAAGCACAAGUCUGGACAGCCUAUGCUCUGGCCAGAGCCAUUUCUAAGAGCUUUAAACCGGAAGGCACCAUCCUGGGCCAAGUUUCCUUUUUCUUUAUAUUUUUUUCCGGGAAAAGUCAACUAUGCAAUUGUAUACACUCCCGGGUGCAUGUGAGGAAGGGGAAUAAGUGUACUUAACGUGUCCAGAGUAUUACCGGGCUGUUCUUCUGUGUUUGGAUUUCUCUUUUGAGGUAUGUACUGGUAACUCAUCCCAUGGAACAUAAUCCCCACAUUUAAUCUAAAGCAGUGGCACGUGCAUGUGCGUGCGUGUGUGCGUGCAUGCAUGCGUGUGUCUUCCUUCUUUGUAGCUAGUCACGACUGUCCUUGUUGGAAAUGCUCACGGUUUCGAAAAGUUCUUUUCUCCUCAAGAAUCUCAGAAGUCACCUAUGUAAUUUCCUAUGGCUACUAAUUCUUGGGGUUUUCUUUGAAAAUAGGUUUGUUUUAAGAAAGCAGUGAGAUUCCAAAGGGAGGGAUGUGUACAUGUCUGGGCAGGUCUGGAACCUGGUAUGCGAUGAGCACUCCCCUAAGGUGCAAAAUUUAAGGGGCUACCAUAAAACUCAUUCAGCAACAUGCUUAAAAAAAAAUGCAGUAUUUUAAAAAAUUAUUGCAAAAAAUUUAUGUUGAAUAAAGUAGCGAAAUCUUACAGCAUCUGACAGGACUGGGAUUAGGAGGAGGGAAGUGAGGCUGAAUUGAAUAAGUAUGGGGAUGAAUCCUCUUUAUUUAAAUAUUUGAUACAUUGUCCAUCAUAGUUUUUUUACAUUAAUUUUGAUUUUUUUUCCCUAUGGAUAGUUAAGAUAAAGUGAUGAAUUAAUUUUGAUUUUUAAAAAAUGUUGCAUUAAAGUAGUAUUCAUCUUGGUUACUGGGUUUUUUUUGGCACUCUUUAAAUUUUGUGCCCAAGGCGACUGCCUUGCUCACCUCACCCCAGUUACGUUCCUAUUUCUGUGAUUUGAACAACACUAGUGAGAACACCACUGCGUACGCCCCCGCCCCCAUCACACACCAAACAACGGGUGGCUCAAACACCCUGAAUUUGCACAACUCACCUAGCUUUCCUAAUUUAGGCCUUCAUACCAUAGGAUGCUGGCCUGGACCAAUAGAAAUUAAAACAGACCAGGGGUUUUCCCAGAGAAUAAAGCCAGAAAAGUUUUGAUUCUCCACUGGACUGCUGUGUUUGGAUUUGAUCUGUUACUAGAUUCUAGUUAAUAAUUUUGUUUUUAAAAACUGAGGACAAACGAACAAAAACAAAACCUUGCGUCAUGUUUGUUUUUGUUUCUAUUUAUAAAUUAGCCAAUCCCAGUUCCUUUUGCCUUCGUUUCAAAUAAAAGAUGGAAAUUUUGAAGGGUGGUCUGGGGAUUAAUAUGGUAAAAUGGGGCUUUAGGCCUUAUAGCUUUUUAUUAAGAAAUAAAUUAUUUUUUAUUUGGGAAGGUAACUAUUUAUUGAGGCAUUGAAAAACCUCUCCAUUCUAAGGAUGAAAGACCCUGAGACAACGGAUAUGUUUUUAUAGGAGAUAGCGAAGUUUGUUUUGCUUCAUUAUUUGGGAGAAGGGCUCAGUGGGAUGUUGGGGAGGUGAAGGAAUAAUGCCUGGGAAAGUAAUACAGACUCAGCUUGGUUUGCGGUCUUAGGGGAAGAGGAGGGAAUAGAAGAGGCAAGCCCAUGCCUUCACUGGACUGGGGAGAAGAAAAGGGGCAUCUGACAGGCACUCAAAACGGGCAGAAAAUUCCUUAGUUACAGAGCGGUAUGUGGGUGAAGAGAGAAGGCGGACCCUUUAACCGUAGGUGAGGGAUGAUAGCAUCUCUCAGACUUAAAUUUAAGUGCACUUAUUUCCUUUAAUCCAGGGCAACUGGGGUACCUACUGAAGUUUUUAAUGGAGGGAGCUUUUCAGGGUUCUUGUUUUUCCCCUUUUGAUGUUAGUGCUCCUCCAAUGGAGUAAGUGUUUCUGUAGGAUACCUCCACAUCUCCCUUAACCUAUGCUGCGUUUAUUGAAAGUUACGAGAUUUAACCAGAAGUUUUCCCCCCAUACUGGUUUUUAUCAACAAAAUAAAAAGUUAUAUCAAAA